CCAACUUCUUCUUCUUCUUCUCUCUCUCUCGAGAGAUUCUAGAUUUCGUUUUCUUCACCAAAUAUGGGAACCUGCUUCUCCAGCUCCACUAAAUCCACGGCUGAGAUCUCUCCCUUUGACCUCGUCGUCAAAACUCCUCCUUCUUCCGCUGCCGCCACUGCACCACCAACCCAACGAAUCCCCACCGCCACGGCCACAAAAACAGAGACACCGACGGUGAGCUUCGCCGCAACAGUGAGAUUGUACGGACCACCUAACAGUCUGGUGACUACGUAUCUCCGUUUCGCUCUUCUUCACAAGAAAGUUCCUCUCCGUUUCGUUCCAUCGGAAGACCAAAAGCCGACGAUUCAAGUCGGAUCGGAGACUGUAUCAGGAUCUCUAGAGGUUCUUCUUCGUUACAUCGAGGACAAGUUCCCGGAGCCGCGUUUGAUGAUUUGGAAGUUUAAUCUAGAAGGUUUCGACGAAGCGACUCCAUUGAUAGUGAGAGCGAUUUGGCUUCAGCAUAGGAGUAUGUUGUGGCAUAUGGAGAGAAUGUUGAGAUGGUCGGAGGAUCUGGCGGCGCGUGGAGGUAAAAAAGCGGUGGAUCCGUCGGUCGGAACACCGAAGAUGGAGAUAAGGAAAUUUGCAAAGAGUUAUACACAUUUACAAGAGCUUAUGCUUGAACAUGCUCAAAUGGAAGAGAGAAUCUUGUUCCCUGUUCUUGAAUCUGUUGAUCGAGGGAUGUGUAAAAGUGCAAAUGAAGAACAUGGGAGAGAAUUACCAAUGAUGAAUGGAAUCAAAGAAGAUAUCAAAUCUAUUGGAGUGUUGGAUUCUGGGAUUUGUUCAGAAGCUCUCUUUAGUCUUGCUUCUCGUUUCAAAUCGUUGCAGAUGAUGUGUAAAACACAUUUUGAAGAGGAAGAGAAAGAUUUAUUGCCUAUGGUGGAAGCUGCAGAAAUGGGGAAAGAGAAGCAGAAGAAAUUGUUGAAUCAAAGCUUAGAAGUUAUGAGUGGGACUCAUUCUAAUUCGUUUGAUUUUCUACUGGAAGGUCUUACUCCUCAAGAAGCUAUGCAAUAUCUUGACUUGCUCAUGAAAUUUGGUGAUCCAAAUCUUAUCUCAUCUUUUCUCUGCUCUGAUGUUGUUGACUGAUUUAUCUUUUAUAGGUUUACUUUGUGAAAAACUGUUGUUGUGUGUGGGGUUGUGAAUUUUGUGUAUAUAGAGAGUCAGAUUGUUGAUUUCAGGUGUUGCUAUGUUUUUCUCAUCCUUUUAGCUUUUAGAUAAAAAAAACAAGAAAGGUUAUGUAACUCU